AUGACGCUGGACCCACCCUCUACUAAUCCUGUUCCCCCCACAGAUUCUGCCGCUCUUCCAGACGAGAAGGCUGUUAUCGAGGAGCCUGGUAGUAAACGAUGUGGAAGGGACAGUACGCCUAUCAAUCCCAAAGCAAGUAGAAUAGCUAAUUAUUACAGACGGAUACUUUCCGCCACCGACAUGGAGCUGUACCUUGAAUACUUUGUCAGGCCGUUGCCAACUACCUUCAGAGUUUCUGCAGCCCAUAAGCCGCGGACAUUUCAGCCUCGCUAUUCAGAUCAGUUUGGUAUCCUUUUUCAUCGCUUUGCUACGGAAGAACAAGACACGUCAGAACUAGGUUCCAAGCAGCAAGAGCUCAUGAUUCAGAAGCUCCCCUGGAUUCCUGGAGGGUGGAUGUUCACGGCUGAUAGGCGCGUUAUCCGCCUGUCUGAGCAGUACAAGCGACUGCAUAGUUUCAUAAACUUACAGCACGAAGCUGGGUUCAUUGUGCGCCAGGAGGCCGUGUCAAUGAUACCCCCCAUCUUUCUGCAGGCACAUGCUGGGGAGGCUGUCCUUGAUGUGUGCGCCGCACCGGGCAGUAAGACGCUCCAACUGUUGGAAGAUGUCGGACCCACAGGGCUCCUUAUGGCCAAUGAUGCUGAUCUUAAGCGAUGUUAUGUGCUUGUUCAUAACACCAUCACCGUGUCUAUGCCCUCCCUUGUUAUCACUAACUGUGACGCAAGCCGCUAUCCUUCGCUGCCAGGAGGAAUGCUUUUCGACAAAAUCUUAGCUGACGUUCCGUGUAGCGGCGAUGGGACUCUCCGCAAGGCUCCCGAUAUUUGGCCUCGGUGGUCUCCGCACGGCGGGCUCAGUCUCCAUCCUCUUCAGCUGCGCAUCCUUCUCAGAUCUCUACAACUCCUCAAGGUAGGGGGGACACUUGUGUAUAGCACGUGCAGCUUGAACCCCAUUGAGAACGAGGCAGUCGUGGCGUCUGCUCUUCAAAUCUGUCAGGGGUCAUUGGAGGUUUUGGAUGCUUCCCACAUUGCUCCAUCUCUCAUUCGAUCUCCUGGGCUCACAACAUGGCCUGUUGUGGAUCCGGCCACCGAUGACGUUAUAGACUCUGUUUCAGCCGCACACCCCACUUCCCGGGGGAACAUAUACCAAACCAUGUUCCCCUAUGCUCUCUUUGGGCCUAGCGAGAACGCCUUUGAAAUGCACGCAAGUCUCCAACUGGCGAAUCUGAGGGCUUGUGACAAGCAGUUCUCUGCUGAGAGAGUGUCACCUCUACCACAUGACAUUCAGGCCCAGCUCACGAGAACAAUGAGGUUUUAUCCGUGGCUCCAGGACACAGGAGGCUUUUAUGUAGCUUUGCUGAAGCUCGCAAAGCCUUUGCCGUCAUCAGAAUCUAGCGCCAUCUUAGCAGAAUUGAUCAGCUCUGCUGCCUCCUUUGAAAAGAGUCAACUGGAGCUUUUCAAUGCUGACGCGUGUCCACGUCCUCCAAGGGGCAUUCCUCCGCCAAUGUGGCAGGAUCUUCCCAUGCAGCCAUUAAAGGAUCUAGAGAUCGUCGAGUCAGUUAAAAAAGAGUACGACCUCCCCGAAGACUUCAUCGGGUCAUACGUUCUUGCACAACGUCAACCCGAAGGGGCGUCACGAAUUAUAAUGAUUAGCGAGAAGGUUGCGAACAUCUUUCUUACUGGCAAUGCCAGCAACUACCAGACAAUCUUUAAGGUUGUUAUAGCUGGGUGUGGAUGCUUCCAGAAGCAGACGGGGAAUGACAAGUUCCGUGCUACAGAUGGCACCCACAUAUGGCGAAUUCCGCAGUCAAGUGCCCCAUUUCUUCUGAGUAACGCACAAUCUUGCAAGCGAGCUCUUCCACCCGUUCCCCACGACAUCUUUAUGGCGCUCCUAUCAAGCGGCCUGGACAGCGGGGAAACCAACGACCAAACAGUCCUGUUCACAGAGCUGAGCAAAAUAAACCCAGAGUAUGUGCAGCGCGUCACUGAUUUGAAAAUGCUCGGUCAAUGCAUACUUUCCAUCGACUGCACAGAGACAGACUGUGGUGCAAUACAGAUGCUAGAGGGCAUGCUUUUUUCGGGGUGGCUUGGGGCCCAUAGUCUCGGUUUACAUGUUCAAAGAAGGCAGCGUGCCGCUCUGUACGAGAUGAUAAGUGCUGUUAAUAUUAAGCCUGGACCCUCUCGAUCCACUAGACAAAAGGCGGCCAGAAAAGAACGUAGGGAGCAAAAGGAGUAA